CAGUUUCUAUGCAGUAUACUGUAAUUUAUGAGCAUGCUCAACUGGGUUUUACUUUCCACUCAAAUGAUCAAAUGUAAUAAUAUUUAAAAAAGUAUUUUUCGAUUUUAUUUCGGCCAACAAAAUUUGACACACCGAAAUUUCUUAUUUCCACUGAUGGCAUCCGGCGCUCGCGAUAAGAACAAACCUAAAAAGGUUAUCACAAUCACAUCGAAGGCUGAUUUUGAUAAGACCAUCGAGGAGGCUGGCAAUAAGCAUGUUUUGGUUGAGUUCUUUGCCACAUGGUGUGGUCCAUGUGCCAUCAUUGGGCCACACCUGGAACAGAUGGCCAACGAGUAUGAAGAGUGUCUGCUUGUGCUCAAAAUCGAUGUGGAUGACAAUGUGGAGCUGGCCGAGCAGUAUGAUAUUAAUAGCAUGCCCUCCUUUCUGAUUAUCAAAGAUAAGGUAACACUCGAGCAGUUUGUCGGCAGCAAUGCCGAAAAAGUGCAAACAACUCUGCAAAAAUUCUGUGGUAAGCCGGAGGACCGAAAUGCCAUUAAGCCUGGUACUAGCGCCAAACCCGCUGAGAAACCGCCAAUGAAAUUUAUGUCUUUGCUCAAAACUGUAACACCGGUCAUUAUGAAACCGGAUUCAUCAAAGCCAGCGGAUAAAAAGUAACUAGACUUUACAUAUAAGUGGAUAAGUUAAGACGCGUUUCGGAUCUUAUUUUUUUGUAAUAACCCAAAAAGUUCAAUCCAAAGUUCAAUUUAAAUUCAAAACCAUAAAUUUAUAGUGUGUAUUUGUAAAUCCUGAUCCUAAGCCGAAAAUAAAUAAAGCCUUUAUAAAAAUAUA